GUUUUGACAUUUGCCGCCUCGAGCCAUGCCUUGGAGCUGCUUUCUUUUUCAGCUGCUGCCGUCAGAGCGAGAGGGAGGAGGCCCCGAGGAGCAGAGCCGGUUCUUCUGCCGCUGUUCUAGUACUAGUACCCAAGGACUGGCUCGGCUUGAAUGAAACGAAACCGCGCCCGGGAGCAGUGCCUAAACCAGGAAGUUGGUGCUGAGGCAGCCAGGAAACGGUGCCUCCUUGUAACGCCGAGAGCUGUGGCAGAACAUGUCUUUGGAGACCUCAAUAACAAUCUUGUUUCUAGAAGGGCUCUACUCCUGCAGAAAAUCCAUUGAGUGAUUUCCAAUCCCCUUUCAAUGAAAGCCACUCAUCGCAAUGGUUAAUAACAUCAAAGAAGAAAUGUAAAGGACAUUAAUUGAUAUGACAUUUUGUUCUAUUGAAAAUUUCAAACAAGUGUCUGAAGCACCUGAAAAACUAAUAUUUGAAACUGGUACUCAAGUAAAUGGCUGGGCUUCCACCUGGGAUUCGUUUGAUCACUUUAUUUACAAGAGACCAGUGGUGCAGGGCUUUCACAUUUGUGCUGACUUUUAUGCUGUAUGCUAGUUUUCACUUAUCAAGGAAACCAAUCAGUAUAGUUAAGGGGGAAUUGCAUAAACAUUGUAAUACUCCAAACGUAAUUGAGCAUAAAACCUACAAAGAAUAUGCCAUCCAGAUUCAGCCUGUUAAAAGACUUUUUAAUGAAUCUCGCUGUGACUGGGAACCAUUUGAUAAGAGCAACUACAAACAGUUGUUGGGAGCUUUGGAUUAUUCAUUCCUGUGUGCUUAUGCAGUUGGAAUGUAUCUGAGUGGCAUAAUAGGUGAGCGUUUGCCUAUCCGAUAUUAUCUCACAGGAGGGAUGUUUGCCAGUGGACUCUUCACUGCAAUGUUCGGAUUUGGCUAUUUCUAUAACAUACACAGCCUGUGGUUCUACAUCAUGGCUCAGGUGGCUAAUGGAUUGGUGCAAACCACUGGCUGGCCCAGUGUGGUUACCUGCAUUGGCAACUGGUUUGGGAAAGGAAGGAGAGGAUUGAUAAUGGGAUUAUGGAACUCCCACACUUCAGUGGGGAAUAUUUUAGGAUCCUUAAUAGCUGGCUAUUGGGUAUCUACCUGCUGGGGUUUGUCCUUUGUGGUGCCUGGCAUUACAAUAGCCUCAAUGGGGAUAGUCUGCUUCCUUUUUCUUAUUGAACAUCCUAAGGAUGUAAACUGUACAAGUACAUCAUCCAAUGAUCCAGAGAUGCACUGUCUGCUCCCUGACAAUGAGAGGUGCACCAAGCCACUGAAUCCUAACAAUGGAGGAUGUGAGGGAAUUGAAAACAGAAAGUCUGCUAUAAGUUUUUCUGGAGCUCUGAGAAUACCUGGAGUUGUAGAAUUCUCUCUCUGCCUGUUAUUUGCCAAACUUGUCAGCUACACUUUUCUUUUCUGGCUUCCAUUGUACAUCACAAACGUAGAACAUCUUGAUGCCAAAAAGGCAGGUGAUCUCUCUACACUAUUUGACGUUGGAGGAAUCUUUGGUGGAAUUUUAGCAGGCAUAAUAUCAGAUCGACUGAAGAAAAGAGCUACAACUUGUGGCAUGAUGCUUUUGAUUGCAGCACCCACACUAUAUGUAUUCUCGGCAAUCAGUAAAAUGGGAUUUGAAGCCACCAUAGUUAUGCUGCUCAUCUGUGGAGCUCUUGUAAAUGGCCCUUAUGCAUUGAUUACAACAGCUGUCUCAGCUGACUUGGGUACCCAUAAAAGUCUUAAAGGAAAUGCAAGAGCACUCUCCACUGUUACAGCUAUCAUUGAUGGAACAGGUUCUGUAGGUGCUGCUCUGGGACCUUUGUUAGCUGGUCUCCUCUCUCCCUCUGGUUGGAACAAUGUCUUUUAUAUGCUGAUGAUAGCAGAUGCUUGUGCCUUACUAUUUUUACUCCGCCUUAUACGAAAUGAACUUCGAUGUAAUCUGGAUCAUACCCUGUUUAAAGAACACUGAAUUUUGGGCAAGGAGCAAAUUAUUUAUAGAAUUUUUAAAAUGAUUAUUUUUAAAGACUUUGACUGUGAUCCAGAGAGGCUAUUUACCCACACACAUACUCCCACAAAGGAGACUGCUGUGCUUAAAAAUGAAGUGGGAUGGGGAAUCCCUGUUGCACAUGUGUCUCUGGAUCCUGGUCUUUGUGGGAAUAUAUUUCACCAUUUGAAUUGUGUUUUCUGCAUUGAUUUGCACAAUUAUGGCAAGAAGGUUUAGAGAUUCAUCUCCCCUCCCCCUUUAUUUUGCACAUAUAUCUGUAUCUCAGGAAGGUGAGCGCCCUCAAAGAAAGGAGCUGUUAACUAUUUUAUAGAAGAACUGAGCCAAAGAAAAUGUGCCUUGAUACUAAUUUUGUCUUAAGUAAAUGUUGUUAUGCGACUGGUUUUAUUUUUUAAUAGAAUGCAAACAGAACUAAAGGGAAGGAGCUAAGAAAACUAAUUAACUUUGGAUGAUUGUUUGUAAUAUGUGAAGAAGGAUUAGCAAAAUACUGAACAAAGUGUCCUUUAUGUUAUGUCUGAUCUUGCUAAGAAUGACUGUUGUUGGAUAUCUGAUAUUUAUACUAUUAUAAGAGAGCAGGUUGCCCUAUUAUCCAGCAUUAGCUACUAACUUUUCAUUUUAUAUGGUCUCAAAAAGAUGUUAUCCUGUCUGUAACAGGCUGAAAUCUGAAGUGCCAGAUACAUAUGAUAGCUAUUCUUCAGUUGUCCAGUCCCCUACUUUUGAAGCUAAUUUCAAUUAUUUCAGUGAGUAAGCAACCGGAGAACAGUCCUCUUACCCAUUAUUAUUUAUGUAAUAUAAGGCAAUAACAUCUGCCAGCCACAUGUACUUCAGAUACUAACCAGGUGAUGCUGAUUGAAAAGAAGAUCAAUAGUCGAUCCAGUUAUGGGGUGCCUUUUCUUGUAAGCCUAUUUUUAUUAUUUUGAGAGGUAUUAUAAUAUGAAGCACAAGCAGUGCAUCAACGUUGAUCAGCACUAAAAUUACCAGUCAAAACUGGUAGGCAACAGUUGUUGGGAGAGUAAAGAUUAAUUUGGAUCAACCACUUAAUUGUAACAAAUCAGGGUUUCCCUUUCAUUUUGAAAAUAUUGUUGCUCGAGGUCUUAGUCACUCAAUAGUUGACUUAAAUAUGCUCUUGGGUAUUUUCAUUUAUGAUAAUUAGAAAAUUCAGAAUACGCUCUAAAUGGUAAGAGUCUUAAUUUAUAUACAAAUCGCAUAUUUAAAAACAUAACCUGGAUAUCUUACUAAAGGAAGUGAGAAACAAAUAUAUAAUCCUACAAAAGCGUUAACCAUUUAUUAUAGUACUAUUUUUCCCCCCGGUCAUCCUCUAAAAUUCCAUACAAUACAAAGCCUGCUUCUGGUUUGCAAAGAUGUAUCACAAAACUUUUUUAAAAAAUGAAAAAGAGAGACUGGUGUUACAUGAUGUGCAAUAGUUUUAGUGUUUUUCAGUAUGUAUACUGUUAACUGUAUAUUUAUUAAAGUUCAAACUCCAAAAUUCACAGAAUUUUUU